AUGUUCAGCUGGGUCAGCAAGGAUGCCCGCCGCAAGAAGGAGCCGGAGCUCUUCCAGACGGUGUCCGAGGGGCUGCGGCAGCUGUACGCGCAGAAGCUGCUGCCCCUGGAGGAGCACUACCGCUUCCACGAGUUCCACUCGCCCGCGCUGGAGGACGCUGACUUCGACAACAAGCCCAUGGUGCUCCUCGUGGGCCAGUACAGCACGGGCAAGACCACCUUCAUCCGGCACCUGAUUGAGCAGGACUUCCCGGGGAUGCGCAUCGGGCCCGAGCCCACCACCGACUCUUUCAUCGCGGUCAUGCACGGCCCCACCGAGGGCGUGGUGCCGGGCAACGCGCUCGUCGUCGACCCGCGGCGGCCCUUCCGCAAGCUCAACGCCUUCGGCAACGCCUUCCUCAACAGGUUCAUGUGCGCCCAGCUGCCCAACCCGGUCCUGGACAGCAUAAGCAUCAUCGACACCCCGGGGAUCCUGUCUGGAGAGAAGCAGCGCAUCAGCAGAGGGUAUGACUUCGCAGCCGUCCUCGAGUGGUUCGCUGAGCGGGUGGACCGUAUCAUCCUGCUCUUCGACGCCCACAAGCUGGACAUCUCCGAUGAGUUCUCAGAGGUCAUCAAGGCCCUCAAGAACCACGAGGACAAGAUCCGCGUGGUGCUGAACAAGGCUGACCAGAUCGAGACACAGCAGCUGAUGCGGGUCUACGGGGCCCUCAUGUGGUCCCUGGGGAAGAUCAUCAACACCCCCGAGGUGGUCCGGGUGUACAUCGGCUCCUUCUGGUCCCACCCGCUCCUCAUCCCUGACAACCGCAAGCUCUUCGAGGCCGAGGAGCAGGACCUCUUCAAAGACAUCCAGUCUCUGCCCCGAAACGCCGCCCUCAGGAAGCUCAACGACCUCAUCAAGCGGGCGCGGCUGGCCAAGGUCCACGCCUACAUCAUCAGCUCCCUCAAGAAGGAGAUGCCCAAUGUCUUUGGGAAGGAGAGCAAGAAGAAAGAGCUGGUGAACAACCUGGGUGAGAUCUACCAGAAGAUUGAGCGGGAGCAUCAGAUCUCCCCUGGUGACUUCCCCAACCUCCGCAAGAUGCAGGAGCUCCUGCAGACCCAGGACUUCAGCAAAUUCCAGGCCCUGAAGCCCAAGCUGCUGGACACAGUGGACGACAUGCUGGCCAACGAUAUCGCCCGGCUAAUGGUUAUGGUGCGUCAGGAGGAGUCCCUGAUGCCUGCCCAGGUCGUAAAGGGCGGUGCCUUCGACGGCACCAUGAACGGGCCCUUUGGGCACGGCUACGGCGAGGGGGCCGGUGAGGGCAUCGACGACGUCGAGUGGGUCGUGGGCAAGGACAAGCCCACCUACGACGAGAUCUUCUACACGCUGUCGCCAGUCAACGGCAAGAUCACGGGUGCCAACGCCAAGAAGGAGAUGGUAAAGUCCAAGCUCCCCAACACAGUGCUGGGGAAGAUCUGGAAGCUGGCCGACGUGGACCGGGACGGGCUGCUGGACGACGAGGAGUUCGCCCUGGCCAACCACCUCAUCAAAGUCAAGCUGGAGGGCCACGAGCUGCCCGCCGACCUGCCCCCGCACCUGGUCCCGCCCUCCAAGCGGAGGCACGAGUGA